AUGGAGCCGGAGCCGCGCGACAGCGAGUCCGGCGCGGGCGCGUCCUCGUCUGACGGUCUCCCGCGCGCGGCGGUCGCCAAGCUGGUCAAGGAGCGGCUGCCGCCGCACCUGCGCACCAAGCCUGACGCGCGAACCGCUUCUCCCGCAGGCGAAUUCCUGCAGAUGCUGACGAGCGAGGCGAACGAGGCGGCGAGCGCGGAGAAGAAGAAGACCCUGAGCGAGGCGCACCUACUCGGCGCGCUGCGCAAGCUCGGCUACCCGCAGCUCGCCGCCGAGUGCGAGGCUGUGGGCGAGGCGGAGCAUGGCGCGCAGGCAGCUCGUGUGCGCGCCUGA